CGUCUGCAAGCAAUGCCCCGAGAAGAGGAGCGCGCCGCGAACACGUUUUGGAUCUCUUGCUCUUCUUUACUUCUCUUGGUCUGAGGACUGUCGGCAUUUCGCGUAAAUGACUCGUCCUCGCCCCCUCGUACUGGCACCGAGGGGCUGGCAUGGCGGAUUCGUGCUGCAACGAUCGUCGUCCGGGACCGGGUCGCGAGUGGGCUCGGCGUAGCAGGUUGCGCAUGUGCGCUGCGAGACAGUUGGGUGGCAUGAGUACCUUCCCCCAGCAGUUGGGAAGUAUUUGUUGCUAGAAUUGUAGACUACUGCCGCAGCUGCUGCCGGCCGAGGGCGGUUCCUCGAGCGGAAAAAGAAACAUGAGCGCCACCACAGGUGCAAUGGUGGAAGAGUCGGGAAACUCUUGGCAGACUUUGUGGGGUGUGAAGGAUUUUUGCGCUUCGUCGCCGUCGCCUGCGCUGGGUCCGCUUUGUGAGAGGAUGCGUGUGCCGUUCUGGCUGCAAGGGCGGAUGAGCUUCUCUAAACGGUGCGCGAUGGAACUUAUGUGAACCAGCUGAUCGAGAAUAAGAGGUUUUCCUGGCCGGAGAUCAAUGAGAUUAAAGCAUGGACAGGAUGUUGUUGGACCUGAAUUUGCCUCCUCCUCCUUGCUGGUCCCCUCAAGCUUUACACAUUCUUUCUCCAUCUUCCGAUAAACGGCCUCCUUCGCCCGAAAGUGUAGCGCCAAACAACAAUGCAGAUAAUAGUCAAGCACAGGGGGAAUUUGUGGUAGCAACUGUAGAUCCGCCAGGGCCCCAAAUUGAAGAUGCCAACGACAGCUCUUUAGACGCCGAGCCUUCAUGUGUUAUCCAAUCUUCUCUUAAACCUCAAGAUUCAGAAGCUCUUCCUGACUUCAAUGAUAUCGGUCUGGAGGUCAGUAAGUCAAGCAGCACUGUCGCGAGGAAAGAGGGACAGCACUUAUCUGGAAAUCGCGGUUGUGAUUCUAUUGCUACAGAGGACAGUGGAAAUGGAAUUUUUCUCACGUCUCCAUCUUCGGGGAACAGCGUUAUUGAGUCUGAAAUCAAACCCGAACGACUUAGAUCCGUCAGUGUUGAAGCAAAUGGCUCGAACCCUAACCAGGAAGGUACUGCUGAGCCGGGAGGACCUAUCAAAGUACAUAAACGAUUGAGGACUCUCGGUCAACUUAGAAGCAGGAAAGAGGAAAAAAACGUCGCCAACCCGUCUCUUGAAGAUUCGAACCUCGAGGAUGAAAUCGCAGGCGAACCGGGAGGCAAAGGUUUACAUGGGGUGGAAGACGGCCUAGUGAGCUCAAGAGCAGGAAGAUUCGUUGGUCAGCUACGGAACAUUAGAGGGGAGAAAAAUGCCUUGGCUUUAGGGAAACGAGAGAGCUCGGAGACGAAGAAGGAAGUCUUGACUGUGGAUGGUGGCCCGAAGACAGAGGGCGGAGCUGGCAAAUCCGGUAAGGUAGAUGCUUCACUGGCAGGUAGGUUUCUUCCAAGAAUUCCGAGUCAACCUAGGAGUCGAAAGUCCGAGAAGCGAACGUCUUUAGCCUAUCCAACUGCUGCUUCAAUUGUGAAAUCUGAUGAUAGAGCAAUGAAGACGGAACCCUUAGAGCUGGGCAAGUCGGGACCAGAGACCAAGGGAUUAUUAUUUCCGAUCCCUGUAAAGUAUGAAGACAUUGCCGUGCCAGCAGAGUUAGUUAAGGCCGAAGAAGUGAAAGAGUCUACAGCCGUUGCUGCGGAGAAUGUACCUGCUACGACCUCAACGCUGAAAAGACCUGGAGGAGGCAGCAAAGAUGCCUUGCCUGGGAAGAAGCGCAGACAGGUUGUGGUGCUCGAAGUUGAUGAGUCCUUGAAACAAGCGCGUCCCUUACGGACUCCUACAGGAGAAGGGACACUUGGACGCAAUUCACGAUUUCGUCGGGAAAGCCCUCGACCUCUUCCGGUACAGGUGCCAGAGAAACAGGACAUAAAUUGCGGUGACGGUGCGGUUAGUGUUGGUCAAGCCGAAACGUCUCGCAGAUUUGAAGAAUUGUCCGAAGAGUCUUCCCAGACGGAAAAGAGUUUGAGGACAGUAGCAGGUGACGGUUCUUCUGUCAAUUUCCGAAGGCCAGGUUUGAAAAGGCUGUCCUCCUCAAAUUAUUCCCGCGAUGAUGCAGGGGGGAAAGUUCUUGCAACCAAUCAAGAAUCGACUGCAGCUAAGGGUUCUGAUGCCGAUGGCACGAAGAGCAUUAUCAGCCCACCUGACAGCAUAGUGUUGCAGAAACCACGCAGGUUUUCGAGGAAAACAGAAGCGAAUAAGCCCGUUGCUGUUCAAGAUGCUUCCAUCGAGCGUCUUCAUCGCGAGGCCACGAGUAGCAAGCUGUGGCAGACCUCUGGUACUUCCGAUUUGCAGCAAGUGCCGGGUAAUUUUGAAUCCGUUGAGGAUUAUACGCGUGUGUUUGAACCAUUGUUGUUUGAAGAGUGCCGGGCUCAGCUUCAUAGUUCGUGGGAGGAGCUUCUGGAGGGAAGUGUCAAAGAUGCUCACCUUCCUGUCUCCAUCAAAGGUGUAGAGAGGCGUGAUAGAGGAUGGUUUGAUGUCGUCGUUUUGCCGGAGGAUUCCCACUCAAAACUCAAAUUCAAAGAGGGAGAUGUGGCUGUAAUUUCUACUCCGAAGCCAGGAUCUGCGGGAAGGCAGAAGGGUCGAGCAAAAGGUCAUUCUUUCAAGGAUAAGGAGGAUGGUGUCGUUGCAGGCCGCAUAACCGGUAUUGUUCGGCGUUAUUACCCAAUAGAUCUUCGAGAUCCUCCUGGCGCAGUACUCCAUUUUCACGUCUCACAGGAUGAUGCGGACGAAGUCAGUGGCGCAGAUCUCUCAACGGUGAACGCCAACGUGAUGAAAGAACUCAGUCGUCCAGGAUUGACCUGGUUUUUGACAGUACUGGGAUCUGUUACAACAACUCAACGUGAAUACGUAGCCCUCCACUUUCUUCAGCAAUUUCAUCCAAAGAUGCUGAAUGCCAUCCUGCAACCCCGUCCAGAGUUGUUUCCGGGGUAUGCCGACCAAGAACCUCCAGCGAUGCCUGAAUGCUUCACACCAGCGUUUGUAGAUCAUCUUCAUGGGCAUUUUAAUGGUCCCCAACUUGCAGCCAUUCAGUGGGCUGGUGCCCACACAGCUGCUGGAAGUGGCAGUGCUUCAAUAAUUGGAGCUCCAAAACAAGAACCUUGGCCUUUUACUUUGGUCCAAGGGCCUCCUGGAACCGGAAAGACGCACACAGUUUGGGGUAUGCUGAAUGUCAUCCACCUAGUACAAUAUCAACGAUAUUAUCAAGCUCUUUUAAAGAAACUUGCUCCUAACAGUCUGGCAUCUGAAGAACCUACUACCAGCUCCCAUGGAAAUUUUGAAAACGGCUCCAUUGACGAUGUGUUACAGAGGAUGGAUGAUAGCCUGGCUAGGAUGCUUCCAAAGCUAUGUCCUAAACCUCGGAUGCUGGUUUGUGCUCCUUCCAAUGCUGCCACGGAUGAACUGCUGUCUCGCGUCCUUGAUCGUGGUUUCAUUGAUGGCGAGAUGAAAGUCUACCGUCCUGACGUUGCACGAGUGGGUUCCGAUCCACACUCGCGGGCUGCUCAGGCAGUAUCUGUCGAAAGAAGAUCUGAACAACUGCUUGUGAUGGGGCGUGAUCAAAUUGUGGGCUGGCUUCAGCAGUUGAAGGUAAAGGAAAUGAGCUGCUCGCAAAUCAUUACAGGUCUUCAGCGGGAUUUGAACGAAGUCGCCACAGCUGCUCGGACGCAAGGUAAUCUUGGUGUCGAUCCUGACAAACUAGCAGCCCGAGACCAUUUACGUGAUUCUAAGUUACAGCAACUGGCAGCUCUGGUGGAAGAACGGGAUAAGAUUCUUGUCGAAAUGUCCCGCCUUUUUAUAGUGGAAGGUCGGUUCCGGCCUGGAAGCGGAUUCUCUCCUGACGAUGCUCGGCAGAAGUUGGAGGCUAGUUUCGCAAAUGAGGCAGAGAUUGUGUUUACAACCGUUUCCUCUAGUGGUCGUCGGAUCUUUACCAAGCUGGCUCAUGGCUUUGAUAUGGUGGUUAUUGAUGAAGCUGCUCAAGCAAGCGAAGUAGCUGUUUUACCACCUCUCAGUUUGAGAGCCGCACGAUGUGUUCUGGUUGGGGAUCCGCAGCAGCUUCCAGCCACGGUUAUCAGCCGAGUAGCGGAUACCAUGCAGUAUAGCAGAAGUCUCUUUGAGCGGUUUCAGCAGGCAGGAUGUCCUGCCAUUCUUUUGUCUGUUCAGUAUCGAAUGCACCCUCAAAUACGUGACUUUCCGUCUCGGUAUUUCUAUCAAGGCCGUCUUGUGGACAGCGAAAGCGUGAAAAGUCGACCUGACGAGGUCUACCAUAAGGAUGUUCUUUUGCAGCCGUACCUUUUCUAUGACAUCUCUCAUGGGCGCGAGUCACAUGGUGGUUCUGUUUCUUAUCAAAACAAACUGGAGGCGCAAGUUGCUGUGCGGCUUUAUAUGCAUCUCCAAGAAGUUGUUGCUGCGGGAGGUAUUCCGAGCGUCUCGGUCGGAAUGAUUACUCCUUACAAGCAGCAGUUGCGAUGCCUUCAGUCGGAGUUUGAAGCAGCCGUUGGUGCUAAUGCUGAAUCUAAAGGCGUUUACAUCAACACAGUGGAUGCCUUUCAAGGUCAGGAGCGUGAUGUGAUUAUGAUGUCGUGUGUGCGAGCAUCGACCCAUGGUGUGGGUUUUGUAGCCGACAUACGACGAAUGAAUGUUGCUCUUACUCGAGCCCGCAGGUCCCUUUGGGUCAUAGGUAACGCUACAGCCUUACUGCAGUCUGAGGACUGGGCAGCACUUCUGGCAGAUGCAAAAACCCGCGGGUGUUUUGUGGAAACAGGGACAUCCAUAUCAAGGGGUCUUCUGGCUGAACCUUCUGGAGUGUUGACAGCACCCCAGGCGGGCCUGUUAAGGCAUACGCCCUCGCCGCACCCUAGUUCACAGUUUAGUAUGGGUAAUUUCAGUCACGGCGGUUUUGGACGGGGAAGGCAUAACGAAGAUGGAAACCUGCACGGAAGUGAGUCGGAGCAGAGAGGAUUGUGGCAAGGUUCUGGACAUCGUGGAGGUAGAGUAAAUCGGGAUUCAUCAAGGGGGGGGUUUAGCCAAAGAGGAUUACCUCCGAGUAGGUCUUACGGGAGGGGAAACAACUUGUCAUAUAGAAGGGGCAAAGGGUUGUGAGUUAAAAGGAGGAAAGAAGUAUCUGCGACACCUAGAUUGUUAGGCAAAAUUCUUGUAGAGCAACAAGCUUUACUUCAUCAGUUGGGGCGAUUUAUAGAGAUCAACGAUUGGGGGUGCGGCUCCCCUUUUGCACACAGAAACUUACUAGGUUUCCUGCUUAGUACCUGGCUUACUGAAUGCCGCUGAUGGUGUUGAAACGUCAAACCGAUUUUUUGUAGGUGAUACAACAAUCACAAUAAGCAUUUCUGUAACAGCCAUAGGUUCCGGGCUUGCUAGGGUAGAAGAGAUUAUUUUAGCACUUCCAUGAGAACCGUGGAAGGACGAGGGUUCUGUCAACAGUGCGGUGGAGUUUGACACUUAUUUUACCAUCCAUAUAGGUAAGAUUUGCCGCUUUCACUGGACUUGUGACCCAUCCGCACAGAUCUACACCAUCGCCACUUAAAUCCAUGCCCUUCCAGAGACGCAAAACUGGUCGACUCUUGAAAUUGUAACAUUCUUACCUUCCAAGGACUGGGGAGAAGUGAGGUUUAGGAACUAAAUCAGCUACCAUUUGUAGCAUACUGCUUAGGCCAUCAUCAUCCUCUUGUAUAUUUGUUGAUUAUUCCCAUCUUGUGGAUUAUCAAAGGCCUCGGAAGAGGAGAUAAUUUAUGUCACGGAAAUUUGUAUCGGUGACUUGUAAUAUAUUGUUCAACUACUUUUCAUGC